AUGGAAGUUCAUCUACGUUCAUACCAAAUUCAUACAAAACUCAAGCAAAAGAGGCAUUUCAAUCUAGAAAGGGAGAAAGAACACAAGGCAUACCUUGUUAUCACCGCCCUACACGGUUGCCGGAAAUCGCCUGGCUCACGAAAAAUCUUUUCACGCCUCGCCGGAAAUCGCUCCGCCGAACAAACGUUGCCACAUGGCACUCGUGACGUCACAACUUCCCUUCGGAAGGCUCCCUUCCGAAGCGUGAAAGGAAUCGCAACCCGCGCUGACGUCACAACUUCCCUCGGAAGGCUCCCUUCCGAAGCUUGGAAGGAACCCUCGCGACACGCGAUGACGUCACACCUUCCCUUCGGAAGGCAUGUUGACGUCACAACUUCCCUUCGGAAGGCUCCCUUCCGAAGCUUGGAAGGAACCCUCGCGACACGUGAUGACGUCACACCUUCCCCUCGGAAGGCAUGA